CUCGCUUAUUUCUUUUGUUCACGUGGGCGAGUCGACAAUCUGAUUUUAUAAAUUAUAAUACACACUAAUUUUAAUUGAAUUUAAUACAAAAAAGGUAGUCUGGACAAGUCUUAAACUCAAUAAAAUGGAGUUUAGUGGUAAAAUCAACAACAACUUUGUUGCCAAAGUAAAAGAGGAGCCUAAUGAGUUUUGCUACAACGAAAAUGACUGUGGUGAAAUAGAAAACCAAUCAUCAGAUUCUACAAAUUUGCAAUACCUUAGGAGUCUACAAGAGAAUACCAUGGAUACGAAUGACAAAUGUGAAGACCACAAAAUUAAAGUAGAGUUUGAGUGCAAAGAUGUAAAACUCAAUGUGAAUUUAUUAGUACUCGAUAAAGUCAACGAAAAAAUGCCAACAUUUCAACCUAACCUCGAAAAUAAAGUAGAGUUUGAGUGCAAAGAUGCAAAACCCAAUGUGAAUCUAUUAGUACUUGAUAAAGUGAACGAAGGAAUUCAUGAAUUUCAACCUAACCAAGAAAUUAAAAUAGAGUUCGAGUGCAAAGACGUGAAACCUACACUAAAUUUAUUGGUACCUUAUAAGACGUUUACAAAAAAGAGCAGUCUGAAACCCCAUAAUGAUUCAGUUCGCAAUAAUCGAAAACCUCAUAAGUGCGAUGUACGCGAAAAGUCAUUCGCAUUUAAAACUGAUGUAAAACGCCAUGUUGAUUCAGUGCAUAAUCGUAUUACUUACCCGUGUGAAAUUUGCGGAAAGACAUUUGCACGUAAGAUUAGUCUGAAAUUACAUAUUGAUUCGGUACACAAUCACACAAAUCAUUCAUGUCACACAUGUGGAAAGACAUUUUCACAUAAGGGUAAUUUAAAAAAACAUAUUGAUUCAGUACAUAAUCAUAUCAAUCAUGCAUGUCACACGUGUGGAAAGACAUUUUCACAAAAAAGUAAUCUGAAAACCCAUAUUGAUUCAGUGCAUAACAAUCGAAAACCUCAUCACUGUCAUAUAUGUGGAAAAACAUUUUCACAUAAAAGUGAUCUGAAAAUCCAUAUUGACUCAGUGCAUAAUCGUAUCAAUUAUCCAUGUCACAUGUGCGGAAAGACAUUUUCACAAAAAGGUUAUCUGAAGCUCCAUAUUAAUUCAGUGCAUAAUGGUCGGAAAGCUUCAAUCAAUCACUCAUGUCACAUGUGUGGAAAGACAUUUUCAUACAAGAGUAAUCUAAAAACUCACGUUGAUUCAGUUCAUAAUAAUCGAAAACCUUAUAUUUGCGAUGUAUGCGGAAAGACAUUUGCACAAAAGAUUCAACUAAAAAUCCAUAUCGAUUCAGUACAUAAUCAUAUCAAUCAUCCAUGCCACACAUGUGGAAAGACAUUUUCAUGUAAGAAAAAUCUAAAACAACAUAUUAAUUCAAUACAUAAUCGUAUUACUUACCCGUGUGAUAUUUGUAAAAGGACAUUUUCACAAAAAGGUCGUCUAAACACCCACAUUGAUUCAAUUCAUAACACCUUAAAACUGUGAUGUAUGCGAAAAAAUAUUGACUCGAAAGAGUAGCCUGAAAAAAUUUGUUCGAUGCAUAGUCGCGUUACUUAUAUUACUCUGUAACAUUUAUAGAAAGACACUUUCCCAAAAAGGUUAUCUUAAGUUGAAAAUUGAUUAAGUUCAUGGUGAGGAGUCGUCUCCGUGUUCACAUCGAUUCAGUGCAUGAUUAUAUUACUUACCUAUGUGAAAUUCGUGGAAGAUUAUUUUCAAUAGUAAUGUUUGUAAGAAAACACUCUGUCAUAAAAAUUAUCUUGAAACGACAACUCCAAAAAGAAGUGUCAAGUGUACGAGAAAAUAUUUAAACAAUCUGUUCAAUUAAAUUAACUAUGA